AGUGAUGUCAUGAUAAAUUAUACAUAUUUGUUUUUCCUCUGUUGAUGGAAGUUAUAACCCUGUGGCACUGACAAAAUUGCAUUGAAAGUUAGCUUUGGAUUCUCCCAUUACAUUACCAAGAUGAAAUUAAACACCAAACUACUCUAAAGUAUUCCGGGGACUAUACAAAACCCAAUGCAUCAAAAUUAAUUGAUUAUAUUUGAUUACAGUAUAUUAUCAUACGGUACUGCUACCUUUUUCUCCUAGUUGCUGAAUAUGAUGUUUGAGUAAUUAAUUUCCAUUUCUUUUUUCUUUUCUUUUUUUGGCCUAGAUUUCUCUUCUUAUGCAUUCUCCUGACAGAGACCAGCUCUGGUGUCCUGGCCAGUCCCUGUGGAGCCUGAUUGCCGAGCAUGUUUCUGAGUCAGAGCUGCUGAAGAUCCGUUCAGCGCUGGGCUGUCAUCUGGUUGACAUGUACACAGAAGCAUAUACCGAGGCAGAGAUGUGGCACAUGAUGUGGCAGGGGAGCCAACCUGAUGGAAACCCCAGCAGCAGGCCAAAGUCUCUAUUCAUAUGUGGGCAGGGCGUCCGACUGGCUGACCCCCCUGCUGUGAAAGAACUGGUGAGAGCUGAGGUGAAGAUGCUCCUGCAGACACUGAAAGAGAGAGCCUCCAGAGAGGGAAGGGACGUGGAGGAGCUUCUGAGUCACUACAAAAUACAGACUAUAAAUUACACCCUUGGUCACCAGGACAUCUGCUACAGCAACUGUGGAAACCCUAAAGAAAAUGGAAAUCCCAGCAGGCCAAGCUCCCGCUGUUCAGUCCAGUCUACCGCGGAGGAGGAGAUUGGAGAAAUUAGAGACAAACUGAAUGUCAAUGAGAUUCAUAGAGUGGUCAGUCACCUCAGGUUUAUCCUCUUGGAGGAAUGUGAAGCUUUGGCCGCAAUAAUAAAGAAUUUAAAGGGAAAUGUAAAAGAAAAGUAUCAAAGCGAUUCAGAGAAAUCUGAGCCUUCACUUUCAGAGUUGCGAGAGCUUAGAGGAGCUAUACAGCUGGAGCUGGAGCUCCUCCCGUCAUCGUUUGCAGCCUCGACUCUUCUGACUGGAAAGGGACAGAAAAACAAGUUCAGAUUGUCAGAAAGACAAAGGCCUGACACUCUGCUUCCUUUGCCUCUUACGUCAAUCUCAAGAUCUCCUCCCCUAUCUCAGCGUGUACCCAGGCCACCGUGUGGACAACCUCCUGACAACUUGCCCCACAGGCUCUCAUCCGCCUUCAGAAAGUCAGCCAAAUCCCCUCCCUGCAGCCGGAUGGACACCUCAGGUUCUGCUAACAGCCCCCUCAACCUUGACCAGAGGUUGGCAAAAAGCAAAUGCCACAGCAGUUUUUCUCCAAGGCAAGAUGACGCUGGUGUCCGCAGCAGGAUUUCUUUGGAUUUUCACAAAAUAUCUGAGAAAAACUCUCCCUCUAUUGAUACCCAUCUGUCAUCACAAGGCUGUACUCGGAAAUCAAGGACAGAUAGCACUGGGGUACCACAGGAGAGAAAAAUAAGCCCUACGUGGAACUCAAGAAAUAUUAAUAACACCCCACCGCCUGUUCUGGCUCUCACUCAGGUCUUUGACACAGAAAGCUACGGCAGAGAUCUUACUGUGCUGCAAAAAGGAAAAGUAAGGGCAAAAAACCGGCAGCGACUUGUUGAGAGCGGAGGAUGCUCAGAGUCAACAGCAGUGCAGACGGAGACCAGCAGUUCUGAGGGUUCAGCCAUGUGUGAAACUCACACACAUGAUGUCAGAAACAGCAGAGAGGUAGAGGGCCACCUGAGAAAGGAUGUCAACAAACAGCAAAGACUAACAGGCCACCGUUUGGCAGAUUAUGCCUCACAUUUUCCAGAAAGCAUGGAUGCACUUCGAGAGGACAUCAUGUGCACUCGACCACAGCCUGCAGAAGCAAAAGCUCAGAGCUUUAAGACACCCAAAACGACAAACGGGGCUGUCCAGGACACACGGUCACAGACCCAGUUGCAGCCACUGACUUCAUGCAAACAUGAUGUCAGGGUGGCAUGAGGAAAACAAACUUAAUGCUGUUGUGUGUGCAACUAAAGAAAAUGUUGC